AUGUCGGCGCGAGCGAUCCCCGCGCUGACCACUGUGCGCGGGUUUACCGGUGCCCCGAUCGUGUCCGGCGACGAGGACUCGGACUACAGUACCGCCUGCGAAACCCCUCCACCCUCCACCCGCCAUGCUCGGCCCCGGUUUGACGACGUUGUCAGCGCCAACUGCAGCCCCAGCCUGCGGCCCGUUGCGUCUCCCGCUGUUUCUGGUAUCGCGAAGCUCCGCCAAGCCAUGGAACCCCUCAGCCUCGACGCGAGCUCCCGGACGAGCACCCUGACUCUUAGCGGGAGCCAGCUAGGGUUCCCGCGCUUUGGUGCCAACCACAAUGGUCUGUCCAGCGUUGGCAUGAGCCGUUGCGGCAGCCGCGACACGGUGAGCCUAGAGCAUGACUUUGUCAGUGAGACAGUCCGCGAAAAGUCGGCCAUGUUUGGCGCCGUCGAGGAGGCCUAG